GCCAGUUAUUUCAUGGAUCCCUUGGCCUUUGGAAUUAAAAUAGCCCCACAUCAUAUAUCUUCACCAUACCUCAAGAUUGGCAUGGUUUUAUUUCCUUAGCCUAAUAGCUGGUUUGAUUUGCAUUGAGAGAUGAUCUUAUGGAAUGUGGGCUUCUGAAAUCCUACAUCUGGCAUCUGGGGCAGUCUUGGGCAGGCUUUCCUUUUCUUUCUUAAGGUUUUAGGUAUACCAUACAGAUUUGAAAAUAACUCAAAUAACUGUCUUUAAACAGUCCACAUCCAUGCAUAUGUGAGUGUGAAUUAUUAUUAUUAUUAUUAUUAUUAUUAUUAUUACAUUAUUAUGGUACACUGUACAAAGCUUUGUUAAACACCUUUCACCUCUGUGUUCCUGGAAAAAUAGAUAUAACAAAGAGGAAAGAGCUAAAGAGGGAACCCAUUUGAAGGACAUAUCUAGAGAUAAUGUUCCAAAAUAGUUUAGUAGCAAAUAGAGUCACCAACUCAAAGAAAUUCAAAACAAAACAGGAAAAACAUUCAUACUUCCUUCUGAGAAUCAUAUCAAAGCAUUCUUCCUGCUAGUUAAAUGACCCUGACAUUGUCUUGGUCAGGUCACCGUCUCAAUACUGAUGGUCUGUAUAAAUAUGAUUAAGUCAGCUGCUGCCCAGUGUCACUCUGUCACAGCCAUGGCUCUGUCCACUCUUCACCUCACUGUGCUUUGCUUUGCGCUUCUGCUGUGUCUGAUUGGUGGAGCACAGACUGAGGUUCCGCCCAGUUGCUUGGCCUCGGCUGGUGUCCCUGGCAACCCUGGACACAAUGGGCUCCCAGGCAGAGAUGGCAGGGAUGGAAAAGAUGGGAGAGAAGGAGUUUCAGGAUCCAAGGGGGACAGAGGAGACCCAGGUGUGCCAGUCCCAGGACUGCCGGGUAAGAUGGGUCCUGCUGGGCCAAAAGGUUCUAAAGGAGAGAAUGGGGUGAUGGAAAUACCAGAGUCUGCUGAUGUUUUGAUGAAGUCCUUAAAGACAGAUAUUCAGACUAUGGGAUCCAGAUUGUCUACUGUAGAAAAAGCCAUGGGCUUCCGCAUCAUCAGGAGAGUAGGAAUGAAAUAUUAUGUGACUGAGGGGUUGCAAGACGAUUUUGAUGCUGGUCUGAGAUUCUGCAGAGAUGCUGGAGGUGAUCUUGUGUUGCCUAAAAAUGAAGAGGAGAACAACGUUCUUGUGAAGAUGCUACAAGUGUUAGAGGCGCCAAUAGGGUGGAUAAGAACAACAGACAGGAAGACUGAAGGGAUCUUCCUGGACACAGAUAACAGCACCCUGAGCUUCACUAAAUGGAAACCAGGAGAGCCCAAUGACCAUAACAAUAAUGAGGACUGUAGUAUGGUCUAUACAGCCACAGGCCUCUGGAAUGAUAUUCUCUGUGAUAGAAAAUACCACAUAGUAUGUGAAAUAAGCUAAAGAACAACAAUGCACUGCUGAUUUAGCUUGAUUGCUGUGUUAGCCAAAGAGUUAACGACUAUCCUGUUUGUCUCAGUAGCGGAGGUGAUUUUCUAAGUUAUGCAUCCUAUUAAUGUUAUAAUGCUAUUCCACCUUUUGAGUGACUUUGUUAAUUUCAGUGUCUGACCCACUAAGAUGUCAAGAAAUUAUCCGAUUUAUGUUAAAAUUAAAAUUGUAUUUACACAGGCUCACUUAUUUAAUCAAAAUUCAUGUUAGAGGACAAACAAAAAAUAUUAAUUUAAUAGAGCAAUAUUUCUAACUUUGUUGUCAUAUUUAUAUCUAUCCUUAUAUGGUGACAUACAAUUUUUUGGUGUCAAGAAUAGAGGUAAACAGUGUAUUGAUCAUUGUGUAAAUCCUAAUUAUUCACUUCAACAUUGCACAGCUGCUAAUGGGAUCACACAGAUGCAGUAGCAGUGGGAAAAUCUGUUUCUUUUUUUGCUAGAUUAUUAAUUGCAAGUAGGUUUGUAUUAUGAUCCCAGUGUUUAAGCCCUGUGUAUGUGUAUUGAUCAUUUAAUGAAAAUAAAAACCAAAAAGUUCAGAGACUGGAUUGACACUUUUAUUGCCUAUUGGCGAGAUGAAGACAUGACUAGACAAUAUCUGACAAAGAAGAGACCAAGGCCUUGGAUGUUCAUGUGAAGACUUGUGUUCAGAUUUAGACUGGUCUCAUGAAUACCUCUAUCUGAAAUAAAGGAUAAAAUAGUGCUCUGUUAA